AUGGCAGUGCCAGUCUUGAAGUUGCUCUCGCUGUAUGGCUCAAAAAUCAUGGUCAAUGUGUGCUGCGUAGAGGGUUGUAUACAAACGAAAGAUGUAAUAUAUUUUAAUGUCCCAAAUAGCCGUACAUUGCGAAAAAAGUGGCUGGAAACUUUCACACCUAGUUGUAAAGUGACAAAUCACUCGGUGGUGUGCAGUAAGCAUUUUUUAGAAGAGCAAUAUGAGACUGUUCGUGGUAAAAAGAGGUUGAAAGCAAAAGUAAUUCCAAGUAUAUUCGAUGAGACAAGUAUCCCUAAGACUAUAAAUGAAUCAGAAAAGGAAACCAAAAAUGAUGAAACUCCAGCAAAAGAAAUUGAAAAAGAUAAAGAAAAAGAAUCACCGAAGAAUAGAAUUGAAGAAGUUGUGCAAGAAAUUGUUGAAAAUAGACAAAACGGUGACAGUAUUGUGAAAAGAACCGAACCAAUAAUAUCGACAUCAGAUCCAGAAGCGAAUAAGGACAUAGAAGAAAUAAUAACAAACUACCAAAUAAAGCAAAUCCGACCUAUAAACAGAGACUUGGAAACUGACAAAUCAAUAAACUUAGAAAUCAACGGUGAAAUAGAAGAUAUAAUAACAAAUUUUCAUAUAAAACAAAGUAGACCUACAAAUGGUGACUUAGAAAUAGUACAAGAUAGAGAAAAUGGUAGUAACGGAGAGAACGAUUUUGAUAAUAUCAUUGAUGUGGAUAAUUUAAAAGAUCCAGUGUUUAUUGAAGUUUCAGUGGAUAAAGGUGGAGAACAGUCAAACAGCCAAGAUUGUUUAAUGCUAUUAGAGAGUGUACAAUGUGAAGUGGACCCCACCAGCCUCAUGCUGGAAGACCCGGACCCUGACCCUGACCCCGACCUGGAUGAUGAUGUGGUGGAUUUAGGGGAGAAAAAAGAUGACCCAAUCAGUCUAUUAACAUCGAGCGACGAAGACGACGUUAUAAUACAAGAGCCCAAAAUAGAUACAGUGGAAGUGUCCGACGAAACCGACGAAGAUGACGUGCCAUUAGUGAAACUCGUCGAAAAACCGACGAAAACGAAAAAACUCAAAGCAAAGCACCGGGCUGAAGACAACAUUGCUAAAAUUAUGUGGGGCUUAUAUGAAUUUUAUUGUGUCGAAUGCCAUUUUAGAACUACAAGCAAGUCUGAAUAUAAGAGACACUUAGCGGAACAUCCGACGGUAGUGCAAAUUUGUCAAAUAUGUGGAUAUACAACGGCCAGCAAAACUCAGUUUGUCCGGCAUAAAAGAAAACAUCUGGAUGAUAAGAAAUUUAGAUGCCAUCUGUGUGACUUCAAAGCGAGACACAACAUGAGCCUCAUCUAUCACCUCAAAACUCAUGAUUGUGUUAAAUUAGUGAACGCUAAAAAAGGUUUUAAAUGUGAAAAGUGCGGGUUUCAAUCUGAUGUUAAAGUGGAUUUGGUGAAACAUGUUAAGUUGUGUUCGAGCGGUCCGAGUAAAUAUGUGUGUGGUAUAUGCGAAUAUGAAACUAAGAGGAAGUCCGAUAUGAAAAGGCAUAAGAUGAGACGGCAUAAGGAUUAUGAAGAAGAUGAU